AGAACACCUAUGGUAACGACGAUACGGAUUUUUGUCUGAUCUUGACAUCAAAGUCGAGAUUUCAUAUCCGCACCAACACUGUUUUGGGACACCCACGACCCUUUUCCUUGAACGCACCAUUGACGACCCACUUGAAGCUCCAGAAACAUCACUCAUCUUUCAAUUUCUCUUAUCUCUCCCACAAAUCAAUUUCCCCAAUUCGAUUUGUUAGGGUUCGUGACUGUAAUUGUUUUAGGAAUCGGGGAUUUUAAAGACUAGGGUCGGGUUUUCAAACGGGUGUGGUUAUGUUUAAAAUGGGUUUAUUUUGGUUAGCUACUGGUUCACCCAAGUAAACCAUUAAAUUCGACGGUAUGGGGAAACAGAACUCGAUCUUUCAAAUUGGGGGGAUAUAGGAUUCGAACUUUUAUUUUGUGGAGAAAUAGAACGGGAUCAAAAGUCUGUGUGUAUCUAGUGAUAUAUGAUACUUCUCAGGGGGAAAUAGAUCGUCAACCCCUUUAUAUAAAAUCGAAUUCACAAAAUUGGCUUUUAAAAUUAGUGAAAAGGAGCAUUCGGAAAAUGUAUGUGAAACAAAAGAGACAGAGAGACACAUACCAAAAUCAGAGUGCAUGUGUGUUGGUAGACUUGUAUGAUGAAUGAAACUAACAACCAAACAAAGUGCAAGAGGCUCUCUCCCAGCUUUGGAUUCAGGAUUAAGGGUCUGUAUGGUAUGGGUGGAGAAGGUCCAUUCACAACCAGAUCUGAGUAAAAGCUGUGAUUGUGCCUACUCAGCCCACACAUACAGACACUUAAUCCCUGAAACCAUCCAUCUUGGCUGAUAAUAAUAACGAACUCUACCAACAAUAGAAAUUAUCUUUCUCCACUAUUCGAUCCUCCAAUUUCUCGAUCUCCAGCCUCCAUAGCUUAACCCUCGAUCUAUCGACCUAGAUUCAGAUCCCGAGUAAGUCGGUGACUGCUAUUUCUUGGAUGAGACAGGCCCAUUCGUUAUCUGGCCCAAAGGCCCAAACACAUAAAAUUUAUUAAAAGUUACUAAUAAAAAUUACCCGAUACGUCGUCCAAGUGAAAUUACACGUCGUACGCGGUUCGGGUUUGACCCUAAUCGAAAAAAGGAAAUAGAGAAGCAGUGACAAAAAAAAAAAAAGGAAAAAGAAAAAGAAAAAGGAAAUAGAGAAGAGCAUAAAAAAGGUAACUUGAGUCCCACCCAACUCAGUCCUAGCUUUUGUUUAGUUUUCAUCACAUUCCAUUCUCCACAAGCACGAAGUUGCUAAUCCUCCAUCUACGUACGAAACCACCUUCUCCGUAGAAGAAUAUGGCAAAGAUUACUCUGAGGGUCGUUAGAAAGCCCAACUUGAUGAAGAAGAAGCAUACUAGUAUCUCUGUCAAAGAGAUAACCAAAGCGUCUUUCGAGACCGCCCUUCCGAAGAAACCUUCCGCCGACAACGUAACCUUAGACGGAGGCAGAAUCAAUUCGUCCUCGUGGGUUAAACUUCUCUUACUCGGAACAGGAGCGUACGGUUCGGUUUAUCUAGGUACCAGUAAAAGCAAGACACACCAUACAGGUGACAGAGCCAUCAAAACCGCAGAGCUUUCUCACGCUUCAAGCCUCAUGGAAGAAGGCAGGAUCAUGAUCCGUUUAGAAUCUCCGUUCGUUGUCCGUUGCUACGGCGACGAGAUCGCACGCGAGGGCUACUCUACGCAAUACAAUCUGAUUCUCGAGUAUUGCUCUGGCAAAACCAUUGCCGACUUGAUCGAGGAUAACCACGGCGAGCUUCUUGAGUCGGAGGCCAAAGUGUUCGCUAGAGAUGUCUUGUCUGGUCUCACUUACAUCCACGACAGAAACAUCGUUCACUGCGACAUCAAACCCGACAACCUCCUACUCUCCCCUACCGCUGUCCGGUUCAGGUCUACUGGGUACUUGACCAAGAUUGGAGAUUUUGGAUUAGCUAUGGAGAAAGGGUCGGUCGAGUACGGUAACGGAUACGGCCACAAGAGAGGCACCACGAGGUAUAUGUCUCCGGAGCUUAUUGGGCAUGGCUUUGUGGACUCUGGAGCGGACGUGUGGGCCUUUGGAUGCACGGUCUUGGAGAUGUUAUCCGGAGCAACAGUUUGGGGAGAAUACGGUGAUCUUGCCUUUGAUGAUUGGGUCAAUCUCAUUGGCCACAGCGAUCGCAUGCCUCAUGUACCGGCUUGGUUAUCUAAAGAAGCACUUGAUUUCUUGAGCAGAUGCUUGGAGAGAGACGUUAACAAGAGGUGGUCUACGCUUGAACUCAAGAACCAUCCUUUUGUUCUGCUAUGAGGAAGGCGAAUAAAGAAGAUAAACUAAUUUGAUGUUUUAAUGUUCUUUCAAUUGUUUGGAACAAUUUUGUAUUCUUCUCGUAUCUGAUGUUUUGUCGUUUGGUAAAAAGCCUUGUGAAUUGCUACUUGUAUCACUUUAUUAGUAUAUAUAUAGUUUCAGAUGAUAUUUUGUAGAUCAGUGAAGUCUUCUAAUUGCUAUUUUUGUACCACUUUGAGUUUUGUUGUUUUUUCAUUAUUAGUAUACAAUUCCAGAACCAACUCUCUAUAAUGAAUGAUUGUUAUGAAAGAGAUCCAAUUCUGUGUCUGAAGAUACCAUUACAAAGAGGCAAACGAACAUGAGAACCAUGUUUUAUGGAAAGUCGUUACGAAAACUCAUUGGUCAAUGUUUGUCAAAUUUGGAAUGUGUGGUAGAGAGUUUAUCCAAUUUGUAUCCAGUUUAGUUUUAAUCUAUAUUGAAAAUAUAUAAACCAAAUGAAAUAAAUUCUUCUUUAAUUAUGAGAAUUAGACACUCCUUACCAUGAUUCUAUCAGAUUCAUAUAUGUUGAUCAUUAUCAAUGCACCUUUUGAAGAAACAGGAACAAAAACAUACAAACUAUGUGUCCUGACUCACAGACCAAACGCAACUAAAGUUUCCUAGACUCGAGAGCCGUAGUAGAGGAAUGUGUUGGUGCAAGAAAGACUAAGAAACAACAAAUUAUUUUGCGGUGAUUCUUCCAAACCCGGUAUAAGUAGAUGAACCAAUGAAAAUGAAGAAACACA